AUGGAUGAUACAACAUUCGAAGAGGUAUCAUCAUCGAUAAAAAAUUCAAUUGAAUCUAUUGCAAAUCGAUGCGGAGAUGAAGUACAUUCGAAAGUGAAGGGAGAAAUAGAAAAACUGAUGAAAAGCCAAAUGAAUGACAAUAUGGGCCGACAUGUUUUAUCAUCUCUCCAUAAUCUUGAGGAAAACUUUGAGGACAUUUCACAAGAUAUGAAAGACAUCAAAUCACAUUUGGGAAUUCGAGAAAAACUCAAUGUAUCUCACGAGAAUAUAUACGAAGAACCUCCUCGAAGAAAUGCAACAAAAACAAGUUUGUCCUUAUAUGAGACGACACCCCCUGAAAUUAGCAGGUAUGAAAAAAUAGUAGCAGACAUCCAUGAAGCACGUUACACAGAUUGUAAUUUUCAAUACUACAUGGACAAAAUUUUUGAAACAAGUAAUUUUCUUCGUCAAACAAAUAGGGAAGGAUUUUUUGACAUUGAUUUGGCUGUUGAAAAUGAAAAUUUGAAAAUAAUUCAUGUUUUAUCCAUAUACUGGCGUUAUUCCAAGCGCCUCCCUCCUGAGAUAUGCAUAUUUUUAUGCGCAUGUAAAAAGGGGUUUAUUCAUAUAAUGGAGUAUAUUUUGAAAAAGAAUGGAGAUAUCCUGCAUAAAACUGAUCUUAGGGGAUGGAACGCAGCACAUUAUGCUGCUCAAGGGGGACAUAUAAAACUGUUAGAGCUCCUUCUAGAUAAAGGAGUUCGGUUUGAUCAGACCACAAAUGAAAAAGAGAGCAUUCUCCACAUUGCUUCUCUUAAUGCAAAAUUUGAAAUGUGUCAAUUUAUUAUAACUAAAUUUCCACAAAUGCGGCAGGAAUGUGAUAAAAAUGGUCAGAACGCGAUCCAUUUGGCUGCACUGGGAGGAAAUAUUAAGAUUUUACAAUUUCUGGUCGAUAAAGGAGUGGAAAUUUAUCAGUCUAACAAUAAAAACUCUACUGUUCUUCAUGCAGCAUGUCGUAAUGCCCAUUAUGAUAUGUCCAAAUACAUUCUGUGUAAGUAUCCAGAAAUGCUGAAUUUAUAUAAUACAGACGGAUGGAAUGCUGCACAUUUUGCUGCAAGAGGGGGGGAAGUUAAGAUUUUACAAAUGCUGAUAAAUGAAGGUGAAGAAAUCAAAUUAACAUAUGCUGAAAGAAAUAUUCUGCAUAUUGCAUGUCAAUAUGCCCAUUUCGAUAUGUGUAAUUAUAUUCUAUCUAAGUUCCCGAAAAUGUUAGAAUGCAAAUGUGAGGAUGGAUGGAUAGCAAUUCAUUUUGCUGCUAAAGGAGGGAAUCGUAAAAUUUUACAGAUGUUAUUAGAAAAGGGAGCUUUGGAAAAAGAAAUUACCUCUGCUAAAAAGAGUAUACUACAUAUCGCAUGUGUCAGUUCCCACUACGAUAUAUGUGAAUACAUUGUAACAAACUAUCCUGAUAUACUGCAUUGGGAUGAUGCUUCGGGAAGGAAUGCUGUGCAUUUUGCUGCGCAGGGAGGAAACAUCAAUAUUCUAAAUCUCCUUUUAAAAAAUAAUGCUAAUGCAAAGACCAUUACUAAUACGAAGAAAAACAUACUUCAUAUCGCAUGUGAGAAUGAGAAAUAUGAUAUGUGCAAAAAGAUUUUAUAUCAUUUUCCUGACAUGCUGGGAAAGGUUGAUGAGGUAGGCAGGAAUGCUGCACAUUGUGCUGCAUGUGGAAAUAAUGUAAAUCUUCUACAGCUACUGAUAGAAAAAGGAGUAAAAGCAGAUCAAACUAUUGACGGUGAAAUAAAUAUACUCCAGUUAGCAUGCAGCUAUGGGAAAUAUGAAAUGUGUCAAUAUAUUUUAUCAAAAUAUCCAGAAAUGUUGAAAUCGUGUGAUGCAAAAGGCUGGAAUCCUGCACAUUAUGCGGCACUAGGAGGACAUGUUCACAUUUUAAUGCUUCUUGUUGAAAAAGGAAUUAAUGCAAACCACAAACUCAAAGGUGGAAUGACUAUCCUCCAUAUAGCAUGUGCAAAUGCCCGAUAUGAAAUGUGUCAAUAUAUUUUGUCAGAGAUUCCGAACAUGAUCAGUGAAGUAGAUAUAAGAGGAAGGAAUGCAGCACAUUAUGCUAUACUACAAGACAAUCUGGGUAUUUUAAAACUGCUUAUAGAAAAAGAGUUACCAAACACGAAUUAUCAAGAUAACAUACUUAAUAGUGUUUGUGCUUAUGCAAGAUUUGAUAUGUGUGAGUACAUAUUAUCAAAGUAUCCCAAUACCAUAAAUCUGGUGAACAAAAAAGGAUGGAAUGCUGCUCAUUCGGCAGCUCGUGGUGGAAAUGUCAAAAUUUUACAGUUGCUUUUAGAAAAAGGAAUCAAAGCAAAUGAAACCACGUGUGAUGAGGAAAACAUACUCGACAUAGCUU